CUUGGGAUUGACCUCGGGUUCAUGGGUCCUAACUAUUCUAUUUCCACUGCUUGUGCUACCUCCAAUUAUUGCUUUUAUGCUGCGGCGAACCAUAUACGGAGAGGGGAGGCUGAUUUGAUGAUAGCGGGUGGAACUGAGGCUGCCAUCAUUCCCAUUGGGUUAGGAGGUUUCGUCGCUUGCAGAGCGCUUUCCCAGAGGAAUGAUGACCCCAAAACUGCUUCAAGGCCGUGGGAUCAGGGGCGUGAUGGCUUUGUUAUGGGUGAAGGGGCUGGAGUUUUGGUGAUGGAGAGCUUGGAACAUGCCAUGAAGCGAGGCGCUCCUAUAAUUGCUGAAUACUUGGGAGGUGCUGUUAACUGUGAUGCUUAUCAUAUGACAGAUCCAAGGUCUGAUGGACUUGGUGUGUCUUCAUGCAUUCAGAGCAGCCUUGAAGAUGCUGGUGUGUCACCUGAGGAGGUCAACUACAUAAACGCACAUGCAACUUCCACUCUUGCUGGCGACUUGGCAGAGAUUAAUGCUAUUAAGAAGGUUUUCAAGGACACUUCCGGCAUCAAAAUUAAUGCCACCAAGUCUAUGAUAGGACACUGCCUUGGUGCAGCUGGGGGGUUGGAAGCCAUUGCCACUGUUAAAGCCAUAACAACAGGAUGGCUGCAUCCAACAAUCAAUCAAUUUAACCCAGAACCCGCAGUCGAUUUUGAUACAGUGGCAAAUGUCAAGCAGCAGCAUGAAGUCAAUGUUGCUAUUUCAAAUUCAUUUGGAUUUGGUGGACACAACUCUGUGGUGGCAUUCUCUGCUUUCAGGCCCUGAUUGCCCAGCUUCACUUAUCUAUCUACACUUUAUGAGGAACACGGGUUUAAGUUUUUUGAAAUUUUGUUCUCUCUAGAUCACUGAGGCUGUUUGUUCUGAUUGAGCCCAUCUCAUAUAAAAGCCGUAGGCCUGUAGUUCAGUUUGUGCUAAUUGUGACUUGACAGUUAGCUAUAAGUCUGUUUUAAUGAGUAGAAGUUUUUGAAUGUAGCUGGAAUUCUUUAGUUUGGAGGUAUACAGAAGGAUAAAAUGUCAAAUGAGCAAUUCUUCACCAUUCUUCCAUAUUGUUUGAGUAAAGAUAUUUUUCAUCAGGCUUGUAUCUAAGAUACUUGCUGAUUGCUUUGAAUCUUUGUAGCAUCAUGGGCUUUAUUUCAA